AUGGAGGACAACUCCCUCAAAUGUAUCAUCUGUCCUAGAGAGCCCCGCUUCAGCGAUAUCUCCCAUCUGUUGACACAUGCUGCCUCCAAGGCUCAUCUGUCCCACUGCUUCGCUGUCAAGGUGCGCUGCAAGUAUGAUCCUGACGCAGUCGAGCUUCUCAAGCGAUACGACGACUGGUUCGAUGCCAAUGGCUAUGACACGCAGCUAGCUGCUCGAAUGGCUGGCAAAGAACGUCGGAAGAAAAGAAAGUCGGACCGAGCAUUGACUGCCAAUACGGCCAAAUGCACAAAGAGCCAAGCACCCAAUGUCGAGUCUGAGAGCUCCAAUAUUCCUGCAACCACAACUACCUCCGGCCCUGAGUGUCUCGAUCCUCGCUUGGCUGAUCACGGUGACCAACAGCGUCAUGCAAAUGCAAAUCUCACCCCAACUACGCCAAGCCCCCUGCCCAUUACCAACAACAAAGCGAUAUUCCGUAUGGGUCCAACUCUUCGCUCGGUGCAGUCCUCGAAUGGCACAAAUUCAAACAUGUUGCAGCCGGUGCACGCUUCUGGACUCGGCAAUGAAGCCCGAUCAUUGGCUUUGCCUGUGACACCGAUACAGCGCCGACGCAGACCGGAACCCUUGGAGAGAACCUGGAUCUCUGACAGAGACACCCCUGAUCCUUUUAUUGACUCUGGUGAUCAGAUUCAGGCCUCUGGAGAUCAAACUCAGACCUCUGGUGACGCUGAGAUCGCCAAGUCCCAGGCUGAAGAAAUGGCGAGACUCAAGGGAGUCUUGUGGCCUGGCAUGAAUAUUUUUGAUUCUGCCACGGAGCAGAUGCGUCGUCGGCGCAACCAGAGGAAGGAUACUGCUGUGUUGACUAUGAUGGAACGUGAUUCUUCGCUCGUGGAGGCAAACGAAAUGGUCUUCUCCCCAGGCGGAAGCCUGCAGACACAGCGUGAGAUUACGGGUAAUGUGGAGGAGCACAGCCUCCUGGAAGGAGAGACUCCAAUCCCCAAGCGAGCUCUUACUCGUACCAGGACCACCCGUCUGACCAAAGCGGAUCCCAAUGUGCCCCGUGCUGCGGACAGAAAGCGACAGAAGACCGAUAAAGACCGCAAGAACAUUGAAGAACCAAUCAAAGAAGAGCAAGAUUAUCCCCGCCACUCAGGGCUCGCGGCAGACCGUACUCACACUUAUGUUGGCGACGAUGAAGAGUUUGGAUUGACUGUCAACACCUUUGGCACACGACCCAGGGGUGGAUUCAACGUUUUCGUUGACAAUGGACAGAUCGAGGAGGUGAACAAACCAUCUUACCAGGACCCAGGAUUCAGAACACAGUUCGACACAUUGACCCCCACUCGCCUUGUUUUGAACGGAAAGAUGAACACCGGUAUUCUCACCUCCAGAAUUGGACACACAUUCGUUGACAAGGAAAACAUCGAGCCUAUUCUGAAUCCUCAGGGCCGAAUUGGUCCCUAUGAUUGGCACUCUCCAUUCGCCAAACGCGCUAACCCUGAUGCAUUUGGAUUCGGCCCUCCACACUUUUCUGAUAUUGGAGAUGCAUACGACAACUUUGACAAGGCUGGAUAUCUAUUCAACCCUCUGCAAGCCCCCUCCAAAUACCCUUUUUAUGACAACCCGUACGAGAAGGCGCAUGAUGCAAGCCAGAAUGGCUGGUUUUCAAUGGAGCAAACAGCUCCAUCUGAAGAAACCGUCUCGGAAGAGGACCAGAUGCUUCAAGCAUGCUAUCUGACCACCGAUGCGAACUAA